AGUCUACAUGCAGGGAAUUCCCCACAAUGUCGCGUCAACAAUGGCCAGCAUACUAUAUCAGCCUGAGCAGCUAGUACAAGACCCACGGCCAGUGUGGCGACCGUCUGACACUCACCCCUACCACCAGCACCCUCUAGUCAGAACCAGCACUGACCACAGAGGACACUGGGUCUGUCACAUCUGCUCAACUGGCCCCACUGCUAAAGUCCCCUCCGUGCUGCCGUAUCUAGAGGACCCAGUCGACCCCUCCUCAUCAUCAGUGACUUUUUCCUGCCCUCAGUGUCGACUAGACGUCUGCUCCAGUUGUUUCCACGGUCACUUGCAUCCCUUCCACACUCAUCGACUACGCAGAGCUAAACCAGAGCUAGUGUACAAGAGCACAGAGGGACUGUGGCGAUGCGAUGGAUGCACUUCAGUACAUCCCUCACAAGUUAUCAACCAUCACUGUAGUCAGUGUGAGGUGGACCUGUGUGGAGACUGCUUCUCAGGCUUUCUGAAACACCCACUACACUCACAGCACUCCCUCACACCCGUGGACCCGACCAUACUCUAUAGAAUGAAUCUAUCAUGGACCUGUGACAACUGUAACAGCACAUUCAAUAGCACGAACAAAACAGUAUUCUAUCAUUGUCAUCUUUGUCAGUUUGAUCUCUGCAAGACGUGUUUCCACGGUAACAAGCACCCCCUCCACGCCCACCCCCUACAGAAGUGUGACCCGAGAUCCGUGUACCCUCAGAGCGAAGGACUAUGGUAUUGUGAUAACUGUACGCGCAAUAAUCCCAGGGGUCAACAAAGGGCACUGCCCCCUCAAGCAAUCAUGUAUCACUGUGCCCAGUGCGAGUACGACCUCUGUGAACCCUGCUUCAAGGCAAAGCCCAUGAGUACAUUAUCAACACACCAGUCAAGAGUACACGAACCCCUCACUCAGCCUAACAAGCAGCCUACAGUCUACGAUCAAACUGCUACGGGGGUAACGCCUAAGCCACCUAUGAGUUAUGAGCUAGGAAGUCAAGGGCCUUUGUUCACUACUACUACGUCUAUGCUGUGUCUAGUGUGUUCACGACGUGCAGCUACUCACAUCUUCAGUCAUGGUGGUCGCAGGUGUUCAAUGGUGGCACUCGUGUGUGGUGGGUGUGGGGAAGAUGUCCUGUUAGAUAAGAGACUGUGCCCGUAUUGCAGGGAGCUGCCUGAUAAUGUUGAGAGGCUACACUAGCUAGGACAAUGUGUUAUUACAGUAUUGUUAGUCAAAUUAUAAUGAGAAUAA